AACACAAGCGAAUAUUGGUGUUGAAGUGGAGAAAUAGUAAAGUUUGUUAAAGCGAAACAUGCAAAACGAUAAGCAUUUUGCACCAGAGCCACCUCCAUAUGGCUUUAGCUCAGCACCACCCGCACCACCAGCACAGCAGUACGCACCACCAGGCUAUGUGGAAGCAACUUACGCGCCACCAGCAUUCGCACAAGCAGACUAUGUUCAGCCAGGAUAUGUCCAGCCAGGAUAUGUGCAGCCAAGUUAUGCACCACCUACCUAUGCACCACCGACACAGAACUUUACACCGCUGCCGGCGCAGCCAGUGCCCGUCGAGGAACGACCCGUAGGCUGCAUCACACGCGCACACAGAAAUCAACCACAAAUGAAUGCACUCAGUGCGGCCACGCUUAUCUUUAUUACGGGAGGCAUGAGCAUUGCCUGGAGUGUGGGCUUUCGCAGCAUGCGCUAUAACCGUUUCGGUGUAUCCACAAAUGUAGCCAUCUCUUGGUUUAUAGGCGCUACCAUUGGUGCUGUGAUCAGCAGCUUGCUGCCCAAAGUGAUACCCAAGAAGGCCACUACAUUGGUUACUGCUUUACUGGUGCUCGUCAGCGGCAUAGUGUUGUCCAGUACGGAGGUGGACUUUGCCGCCAUUACCGCUAGUCAUUAUUUGAAUGGCAUUGCCAAUGGCUUGCUAUUUGCACCCACGUUGACGCUGGCGUCUGAGGUGUCGGUGUCCUAUAUGCGGGGCAAGCUGUGCGCCUCGACGGACUUGCUCAGCUUUAAUCUGGGCAUCUUUUUACAAGUCGUUAUUUGCUCGGCCACAAAUGGCAGCAAUCCGGAAUUGAUUCGCGGCGUACUGACUGCAGUCUUUGGCUUUAUUGGCGGCUGGUUUGCGGCACUCUUGAUCAUUGAAUCGCCUGUGCAUUUGCUGAUCUACCGCAAUGAGCAACAAGCUGUGGAUGCGCUCCGACGGCUGCAACGACCGUUUUUAGUUACCACCAAUACCCAAGCACAGCUGAGUGAGCACAAGCUUUACAUAAGCGACAAUGAGGCCUUGAGCAUCGAGCAGAGCUGUGCGCAGGCGUUGCCCACAUUUAUCAAAAUCGGAUUACUACGCGUGCUCAAUGCACUUUCAAUUAGCACUUUCAUGCACUAUGUGCUCUGGUACAUCAACAGUCCCGACUUCUGGGCUGUCAAUUCUUAUCCGGAGUGGGUGCCUGUGGUAUUUGCGAGCUGCCGAUUACUGGGCAAUUUCUUCAGCAGUUCGCUUAUGGACCUGCUGGGACGCAAGAAGUUAACGCUUAUAGGUUUGAUUGCCAGCGCAGGAGUUGCAUUUGGCUUGGCCGCGCGUCUGCCUGGCUAUCCAAGUUUUGAAGGCUUGAAUGUGCUGAUGUGCGUCUUUCAGUUUUUCGUGGGCCUGGCCUUCAGCGGUUGCUCCGCCUACCUGGGCGAGGCUUUUCCGCGGCGUGUCAAGCAGUAUUUUAUAAGCUUCAUCUUUAUGGCUGAAAUGAUAACAUUCAUAAUUGUAGCUAGCUGCACUCCCACCUAUGAUUUUUUCUAUGUUAUAGGAGGCUUAAGUGUUUUUGUAUUUAUUGUUUCCAUUUGGUGGCUGCCGGAAACGAAGCAUCUAACAUUGCGUGAGGCGCAGGUUAGAUUUUCUAAGGGCUGUUGUUAACUUUUAAAAAAACAUCAAUUUAGUUUAAUUUUAAUAAAAGCACAAACAAUAUCUCAAGC